AGCAACAACAUGAAAGCAUUGUUGCGAUAAGACUCUGGCUUAGUAGCGCGGAUUAUUCAAACUAAGCGCAUUCAGUCACAAUUCACUUAUCAUUCAUAAGCCGAUCUUUGCCGCGAAUAGUUCGACAGUUUCUGAUUUAGUCAAUAAAAACUAAAAAAAAUAAAUAAAAUGUCUUCUCUACUCAAAUGCAUCCUUGGUCUCUGCGUUGUGCUGUGCUUUGUGCAGUUCAUUGAAAUGGCUCGCAUUGCCCGCGACGAUGCAGCCGUCAAGGAUGCAGCCGUCAAGGAUCCUGCCGCUGACCUGAUAAACAACUUGCAAAACCUGGUCGGUGAUGUUGUGGAGAAGCUCAAGACCGCUGUCGAUAGUGAUGCUGUGAAGAAACUGUUCGAUGAUGCUGGCAAAGCUUUAGCUGAGACCGCCAAAUCUGCGCAGGAGAAAAUUGGAGAGCUUUCACAGAACGCAUCAAAGAACUAAGAGAUUUUUCUAUGAUUUAUAUAAAAACCUGUGGAUAUUUUUUUAAUAAAUCUUAGCUUUAUAAAAUUGAAUAUCUACUCA